AUGCGAAUAGCCGAAAAUGGGCCAUCCAGGAUUUCUUAUGCAGGCUUAGGCAUCCAGGUCAUACGGAGCCUGGCUGACCUGAGCCGCCCAGAUCGCCUCGAAGACAACGACGACACAACUCAUGCUGUAAAUUCACUAAAACCCUCUUCGAUCCAGUCGUUGGCCAGUUCAGAAGGUCCCCUCAAUCUCUUCAGACGAAUCCUGGAAGAAAUCAUCGCAAAACUCGCUCCGCAAGAUAGACUCCGCCGGUAUUCGCAGCCCUUUACGUGGCCCUUUGAUAAAAAGGACAUUUCAGAGCUACUCUCCUCUUUAGAGCGACUAAAAAGCUUCUUGAACUUGGUCUUGCAAAAUGAUCUCAUCGACCUUGCAAAGUUCGCAAAUCUCAAGCUUGAUGACAUCGGCAACAAGGUGCAAAGCUCUGAGGUUAGGUCUCAAGAGGCCGAAGUUCAAAAGGUCAUUCUCUGGAUCAGCCCAAUUUCUUUCCGCGCAAGACAUCUCGGGGUUUUAGAAAGUGUCCAGCCAGGAACGGGCGCCUGGCUUCUCCAGCAUGAGACGUUUCGCAACUGGGUCAAGGGCGGCAUCAAUGUUCUCUGGUGCCCAGGCAUACCGGGAAAGACGAGGCUCGUAUCCUUGAUAGUCGAUCAUCUUGAACGCGACGACAGUUCGCCUCAGAAACUUUGCACAUAUGUCUACUGCGACUAUAACCAACGAAAGGAGCAGACCUCUGUCACACUCUUGUCAAGUCUGCUUCAGCAAUUUCUUCAACAUUCUUCGAGCGCUACCUUACCAUCGAAGGUGGCACUUCUUUAUCGCUCGCAUCAGAAGUACGGUACACGCCCAACAUUAACCCAGAUCAAUGGUACACUGCGCAAGUUGAUCUCAAACUUCAAGAUAUUUUACGUCAUCGUUGACGCCUUAGACGAGUGUGCCGAGUCUGAAGAGGACGCUAUCCGAUUUGUCUCCGUCGUUUCCUCGUUGGGCUCGCAAGUCAAACUACUAUGCACCUCUCGAUUUUCCAGCACUUUUGACGGCUAUUUCAAGGACUCUGAGAGACUUGAGAUUUCUGCACAGAAAGGAGACAUCAGAAUGUUUCUCGAUUCGCACAUAUCACAGCAACACAGGCCAUCAAGGCACGUACGAGUUGAUCCAAGCUUGAAAGAAGACAUAAUCGGGGCUAUCAUUGAAGAAUCCCAGGGGAUGUUUUUGCUAGCAAAGUUACACGUCGAGUCUCUAUCUCGAAAGUUCAACCGCAAAGAAGCCCGAUCCUCCCUCAAGACUCUUCCUCCGACAUUAGACGCCACUUACUCGGAUGCACUUCAAAGGGUGUAUAGUCAGGCUCCCGAUUCUGUCGAAGUGGCUGAGUCGGUGUUAUUCUGGGUCAUUUGCGCCCAGAGAACACUGACAUUGUUGGAGCUCCAGCAUAUGCACGCCAGACGGGAGUUGUCUGAGGGAUCCGCCCUUGAUGAAGACGAUCUACCCGACGCAGAAAUCCUCACAAGUGUUUGCAGUGGUCUUAUCAUCGCUGACGCGGAAUCUCAAACUGUCCGCCCAGUUCAUUACACCGCUCAGCAGUACUUCGAGAGGUGUCAUAGUAAGGACCUGCUAGACGCGAAAAUGAGCCUCGCAAACGUCAGUUUGAGAUACUUGACAUUGCCAAAUUUCUCAAGCGGCGUAUGUACAGACGAUAAGGCCAUGUCCCAACGCCUUGAUCAAUACCCUUUCUUAGACUAUGCUGCAAAGCAUUGGGGAUCAGAAGCUUUCUUCACCAACCCAGUCGCGCUUCAAGUUGCGAAUCAAGCUUGGAAUAUUGACAAUGCUGGUUACGGCGACUGGAGUCAAGAAUAUCCCAGGGAUGUACCCGCCCUAGUUCUUGCCUCUGCGUUUAAUCUCCCGAAGAUUAUUCGCCAAAUGGUAUCAGAUGGCCACAGCACAGAAGGCAGUGGAAGCGAUAGAGAGACUGCGCUGAUUCGUUCCGCGUCUUUUGGGCAUACAGAGAACGUCCGGACACUUCUCGAACUAGGUGCGUCUGUAAAUGAGCAUGAUUAUAUGCAGCAAACCGCGGUACAGCGAGCAGCAAAGGGCGGGAAAGGAAGCGUCGUCAGAGUCUUGCUAGACGGAUCCGCAUAUGUUAACAUGAGAGCGUCAAGCGACUGGACCGCACUCAUGUCUGCUGUUUCGAGUGGCAACAUCGAAGUUGUCCGGGUGCUGGUUCAAGCAGGGGCAGACUUGACAGCUGAAACUGUAUGGGGUGAUUCCGCGUUGAGCAUCGCAACACGCAACGGCCAAGAAGCCAUCGCCACUUUUCUCGCGGAUAGCGGAGCAAUUCUUCCCCGCGGGUUGGCUGGACACCGUGCUUCCGUCGUGGCUUCCCAAAAAGGACUUCAUCAGCUUAUCAGGCGCCUCACUCAACUCGCCCCAGAUUAUAAGUCUGUUACUCAGAGACCCCUUGAACGACAAGCUUCGAUGCUGAUGGGUGGACUGCUUCGACUACAGUAUUGGGUUUCGAGGAGAUACUCCGCGCUCGAGAAGCUCGGCAAGGGCCACUACGCGGAGGUCUUUAUGUGCGUCAACCGAGUCACCAACGUCAAGUACGCUGUCAAAGCAUUCCGUAUCGACGGGUGGGAAAAGUCGCUCAAAACCUUGAGCAUGCGUCGCGAGGUCACAGCGAUGGAGGAGCUUCGGAAGAAGUCGCACCCGAAUAUCCUACCACUCGUUGACCUAUUUGCGGAGUACUCAGAUAACAAGAUCUACGUGGUCAUGGAAAUUGCACCGGAGGGGGAACUCUUCAACUACAUCGUCACGAAACAAAAGCUCACGGAAGAGGAGGCCCGGAAACUGUUCUUGCAGCUGUUUUCUGUAAUAGAAAUCUUGCACGGUAAUGGGUGGAUGCAUCGAGAUAUCAAGCCCGAGAACAUUUUACUCUCCGGCACAAAGGAUAUGACAGUGAAGCUCGCAGACUUUGGACUGGCGAAAAAUAUCAAUACCGCACCAGGAGUCUGGGAAUUGACAACCACUCUCUGCGGUACACCAAGCUGUGCACGAUACGGGUUCCCGGUGGACAUAUGGUCUUGCGGCAUUGUCUUGUACAUUUGCUUGUGUGGUUUUCCACCAUUCUCGGACGAGCUCUUUUCCUGGGAUUUUCCUUAUUCCCUUUCCCAGCAAAUUAAGAUGGCGCGGUUCGACUAUCCGUCACCGUACUGGGAUUCAGUCGCGGACCCGGCGUUGGAUCUCAUCGACAGCAUGUUGGUCGUCGACAUGGAACGGCGGGUUACGAUUCAGGAGUGUCUUGAACACCCUUGGACCGUCGAAACGGCCCUCCCAAUAUUGCGAGACACGGUACAAUCGACAGGUUUGGAGCGGACCCUUUUGAGUGAGCUGAAUCAAAUUUAGUCAGGUCGUCGCCAUCACCAGGCAAAGUUCAUCGCACACAAAAAAAAAUAUUAAAAAAAGCAAGAAAGAAG